UUUCCGUUCCCUGUGACGUCAUAGCGCGGUUCAAACGGAAUCGCGGGAGACGGUGAACGCGCUGCCUUCCAGAACCAGAGCUGCGGACCGGUCAUGGUGCAGGACUUCCACGUGGUUCGGUGUUUCCGCUGCCAGAGCUUCCAGGUGCAGCAGGUGAAGAAGGCGAAGAAAUGGAGCUGCAAGCUGUGUGGAGAGAAGCAGUCACUGCUGAAGGUCAGAACCGCAUCAGAACCCAGCUCAGAACCCCAACAGGAAUUUGGCUGUGGAUCUGGAGCCGACUGCCGGCGCCACGUCCAGACGCUGAACGCCAUGAGGGGAGCCAAGAUGGAGGAGCAGGAGGCCCAGGCCUGGUCGCUAUGUGAGCAGGAGGAAGAGGAGCAGCAGGAGGAAGAGGAGGAGGAGGAGCAGCAGGAGGAAGAGGAGGAGGAGCAGCAGCGUACAGGUGACCAGGUGAGACCCGCUCAGGUGAGUCGUUGGAGCAAAUAUCUGGACGCACCUGAGGAAGAGGAGGAAGAAUCUGAAGAGGAAGACUUGGAGGGCAGAAACCAUCUCCAUGGCAACCAAACCAUUAGCAGGAAGAGACACCGACCAGAGGAGCUGGGAGGAGGAAGAGGAGACGAAGGCUGCCCACCUGUUCAGUUGAAACGGACAGCAGUGACGUCAUCUGUGACAUCAUCAGCCCCGAGUGGCUCCUGCUCCAGGUGGUUUCUCAGUGCUGACAGCUGGGGGGCGGAGCAUCCUCUUGGUGGGCGGAGUCAACCAGCAGACACCGCAGCAGCCAAGCCCCGCCCCCAACUUCCUGUGUCCUCCAUGUUUGACAGCGGUGAAGACUUCAACUUUGAGGAUUUUCUGACUUUUUAGCUUCGAUUCGUUUGUUUAUGACUGUUGUUGUUUACAUCAGAGACUCAAACACAUUCUGACAUCCUUUCAAGUUUUUAUUGAUCAGAAACAAAGGAACAAAUAAAUCUAUUGAUUAUAGA